AUGUGUACUACUAACGAAAACAUGACAAUCCAAAAGAAGAAGAAUGGAUCUUUUCGAUCUAUUUUCAUGCAUGCGGAUCUUAUAGACUUCUUGUUGAUGGCUCUUGGCUUCUUUGGAGUCAUAUGUGAUGGGAUUUCCACGCCGCUUAUGUUGGUUAUAACAAGUAAGCUCAUGAACAAUCUUGAAUGCAUUGGUUAUGUGUUACUUGGCUUGUGGGCAAUGGAUCGGUUGUUUCCUAGGAAAAUUCAUCGGAAAUUUAAUGGCUUUUUUUUUGACUUUACUGAUUUAUUACCCAUUGGACUCGGAUUUUUAGAGGGGUACUGUUGGACAAGAACAGCAGAGAGACAAGCUUCAAGAGUCAGGGCCAGAUAUCUAAAAGCUGUGUUAAGGCAAGAUGUGGGCUACUUUGAUUUGCACGUGACAAGCACGGCCGAAAUCAUCGCAAGUGUGUCUUCUGAUAGUCUUGUAAUCCAAGAUGUCAUUAGUGAAAAGGUUGGUAUAGUGGUAUAUUAA